GUUCGGUUGAUUCCGCAUGCGCAGGGGAUUUUGUGCACUUGUGUGGGUCGGAGGCGGAGAAGCUACGCCAUAUAGAGACACACAGAGAUAUAUACACACAUGGAACCUAAUGACCACUGGAUACCUUUGUCUCUCCUUUUUGUCGAAUUUCCCGCAGGAGAUUUAAUUGGUUAUAUUUUAGCAUGGUUUAGUAUGGUGCCCAUGUUCAUCUCCGUGGGAUUCAUCACUCUUAUAAUUAUUCGGAGAGACCUCCAUACUGCAUCUUAUUUUGGGGGAAUUGUGCUAAAUGGAGCCAUCAGCAUAGCUCUUAAACACAUCAUCAAGGAUCGGCGGCCACCACCAUCACCAAAUCAAAUUCAUAUUGGUAUUUAUGGAAUGCCUUCAAGUCACUCUCAGUUCAUGGGUUUUUUUAAUACAUAUCUUAUCUUAUUUUUGUUAUUUAGGCUCUAUAGAAACUACAAUUGGAUAGAUGACUCAUGGAAAAUUGUAGUUAGUUGCUUAACAUGUAUAGUAACAGUGUUAGUAUGUAUUAGUCGAGUUUACUUAGGAUAUCACUUUGUUAGUCAAGUGCUAUGUGGUGCUCUUCUGGGAAUGAUUCUAGGUGCGGCAUGGUUUUGUACAGUUCAUCUAAUUUUGACACCAUUCUUUCCAGUUAUUGCAGCAAGUUUAAUAGGUGAAUUUUUAAUGGUAAGGGACUCAACUCUAAUUCCUCAUGUUAUGUGGUUUGAAUACAAAUCUUCCAGAAGUGAAGCCAGGAACAGGCAGAGAAAAGUAACUGGUCGCAAGUCACAGUGAUAAGUUAGUUGCACAACUGCAAAUAACUUUGCCUACUUCUUCUAGCAGUCAGUUCACCGUUAGCUGAGGAAAGGCUGGGACAUGUGGCUAGCGAAUAAUGGCCUAGCACACAAGACUGCUUCACAACUCAACUGUCAAUAGACUGAGUGACUGAUUGACACAAAUCAACAAUGUAACUAACGAGAAUUAUAUACUGGAAGAUAUAGAAAUUUCAAUGCAAGGACAAUGAAAAAAUUAUGACUUACAAAUACAUAAAUAAAAUGAAUAAAUAUUAAGACUGAAUAUAAGAGAAAUCUGGAAGAAAUCAUAUUUCUAUCAGCAGAAAUCUUAAUUAUAAUCACUGAUACCACAACUGAUAUUGUGAGUGCAUUUGUGCUUCAGUUUAGAAUAUGACAGCUCUUACACAAGAAGAGGAAUACAGUGAACAACACUGUCUUUUUCUUCCAAUUCUCUUCCAGUGAUGUAUGUUAAUAAUUUUAUUGCAUUUCUUUAUUAUUUGUGAUAAAUUAUCUGUUUUUAUAUCUGUUUUGUGUCGCUCUUACAUUCUCAUUACAGUUGUUGUUGAAUAGCCCUGGUCAGUACUGCUUGAGCAAGCAGACCCUAUGAUUCAGAGGUAGCUGGUUGAACAAUGCAUUAAUUAUUAUUAUUGUUGAUAUGUUGUCCUAAGAUUUAGGGCAUAAAACAUGAUCCUAUUUUUUAAAAUAAUGGGAGGAGAUUUGGCUAUUGAAUUGAGUAAAUCAAGAUCACUUGUUGGCUCAUUCCCAUCACAUUUUCAAAAAAUAGAUGAAAAGUUAUUGUUUUGUAGAUGAUUGUGAUAAAGUUGAUGGCAUUAAAAAGUAAUAAGAAUCGUUAGAAGAAAAUGAAGCUACAAAGAUACAUAAAAAUGAUGACUGCUGUUUUAUAGGUAAUUUUAAAAGUUUGCUAUUCUUUAUUCUGCACAUCAGUGUUGGACUUAAACAUAAAUCAUUUUCAUAAACAAGGUUAGUAAAAUAAACUAGUAAACAUUUGGCAGGUUUUACUGUUCCAGUAACAAAAUCAGCUAGAUAGAAUAAUAAACAGAUAACAUUUUGGUUUUAUUAUUCUGUUUAGAUGUAUAUCCUGAACUUUCAACAUUUUGGGUGGGACACCUGUGAGAAGAAAUAGGUAUAGAGUUUUAUCAU